CCCCCCCGUGCCUCCCCUUCUCCUUUUUUCCUUGCCUCUCCAACUCCGGGGAAAAGUCGCACGGCCCCCUGCUUUGCAUGCCUGUGUGGUGAAGUAAGCCAUGGAUCAGGAGCCAUACUUGCCGAAGGGCGAUUUCUAUGUCACUUCAGCCUGCCGCCACCUUUUGGGCGCAUUCGUCGGGCACUUUCACGACCAUGGAAUUGCCCAGCAAUCGCUGCCUGCUGAGGCAGCCAUGCUGAGCCGGAGCUCUCUCUCCCGCCCGGUGGACUGUUUGUCGGUGAUCGGUGUCCAGCCUGCAUCCAGCACACUUCUGUCGACCGAUCUCUCCGAGACCGAGGCCCUGGCCCAUACAGAUUGUUGGCUGGAACACCUCCCAGCAUAUCAGUGCGACACGCGCGACACGUCCAGCUGUACGGUCAUCUGGCGGCAUUUUGUCCGCUGUGCCAGUCCGAUUAUGACAGCCAAUGGGAGAACCCCCCUCCUGCGAAUGGUCCAAUUGGCCAAUCCUCCGGCUGACUGGGUUCCCCCAGCUGAUGAGAUUGUCAUCGACCAUAUGGACCCAUCGAAGGCCAGUGGCUGACGGCUCCGUGUACCUGCUCUCGUCACAGUGUUCAAGAUGGCGUGGCCUCCAGCGAGCUUACAUGAAAAUAAUAGACGGCCUUGGGGGUUACCUUAGCUCCACUUACAAC